AUGAACUCAAUUUCCGCCCUGUUCAGCGCAGGGGGCUUUCAAUGGAUCCUCUUGUCUCUAUCUCUCGCUUUCAUUGUCGUUUACAGCCUGUUCUAUCUGGCCGUAGGAUUGUACAACCUCUAUUUCCAUCCUCUGGCUCGAUAUCCUGGGCCACUCUUAGGACGAGCGUCGUCCUUAUGGUAUGCCCGCUCACUCGCUCGGGGAACAGUCGCCCAGGACACCCUGAAGUUACAUGAAAAAUAUGGUGAUGUCGUUCGAAUCGCGCCAGACGAACUGUCCUUCAUCCAGCCCGAGAACUGGAGUGCAAUCUACGGCCAUCAGCUUGGAAAGGACUACCGUGAGCUGAUUAAAGACCCGCGAUAUCAUGACACCGUGAAGCCCACUCCUACCAUCUUAACCGGAGACUGGGAUGAGCACACCUUUUAUCGCAAGAUACUGUCCAACUCGUUCUCGGAAAAAUCCCUCAAAGACCAAGAGCAUAUUCUUCACCAUUUUGUCGACUUGUUUGUCCAGCGAUUGAAGGAGACCUCCGCGGAGGGAACGAGAGAGUUGAAUAUGACGGAUCAAUGGAAUUAUCUUACCUUCGAUGUUAUCGGCUUUCUAACAUACGGUGAAGAGUUCCAUUGCUUGACCAGCUCCAAGCUUCAUGAUUGGAUUGAAGCUAUGCUGUGCGUUGCCAUUCUCAUGUCCCUGGGUCAGGCUGCCCGUCAUCUGCCGUUCCCUUUCGACAAGAUAUACAAGCAAUGGGCGAUUCCUAGCAACGUGAAAAGACAGGUCGCUCUACACCGCGAUCUCACUGAGGUAGCGAUUCCCCAUAUCCCCAUCCAAUAUGCUAGUGCUUACAGAUUAAACUCCAGGAAAGGCGACAUUCCCUACUCUGUGUUAAAAGAACACGCCAACAUCCUCACCAUCGGCGGGAGCGAAACAACAGCAACUCUACUCGCCGGUGCCACAUUUCACCUCGGCAAGAACCCACCGGUUCUCCAAAAACUAGCUACGGAAAUCCGCACCACCUUUGUCAAUGAUGGAGAGAUCACCGUGGCCCGUCUAUCCGAAUGCAAGUAUCUCCUCGCCACCGUGGAAGAAUGUCUGCGAAUCUACCCUCCAUCCCCGGCAAACCACACCCGCAUGGUUCCCAAAGAAGGCAUCGUGCUGAACGAUCAACACAUCCCGGGAGGCAUCGGUGUUGGGAUGCCCAUGUAUGCCGCUUUCCGGGCCUCGAGCAACUUCACCUAUCCAGACCGGUUUGCCCCUGAGCGGUGGCUCGGUGACCCGAUGUAUAGCAAGGAUAAGAAAGGCGCUCUGCAACCUUUCUCGUUUGGUCCUCGGAAUUGUCUUGGUCGGCACUUGGCAUAUCAGGAGAUUAAGCUUGCGCUGGCUAAACUCGUUUAUCACUUUGAUUUGGAGUUGAAUCCGAAGUGCGGGGAUUGGGAUGAGCAGAAGAAUUUCACUUUCUGGGUUAAGCCCCCUCUAUGGGUGAACUUGCACCCUGUGAAGAGUUAG